AUGGCGUUUGAAGGAUACAAAAAAUCUCCUAGCGGAGAGGAAGAAAACCCUUUCUACAAAAUAAAUACAAAGGAUAAUGGACAUGGUCAUGGUGAGAUCAUGAAUGCUGAUGAACAAGAGGAAAAACAGUGGGAUGAUCUUAUUCUUAAAAUGGUUGAUAUGAGUGUCGAUGAUGCUAAGAUGGGGAGGGCACUUAAAAGGCAGCUAGAUUGGGCGUUACAGAAACUAGGAAUAGAGAGAAAUAAUAUUUCAAGCCCCAAAACAAAUAAAGUAGGAGAAGAGAAAUGUGAACCAAACAGACAAGUACUUCCAAAAUAUAGUCCCCCUCAUAUGAGGAGAAUGGACCAGCCUUUUGUAACCUAUGACAACUCAUUGAUGAAUGAGAAUAGAAGAUGGAGGGAUGUGCAUAGGGAUCAAAGUGAAGAGAGGUCGGAGGAUGAAAGAAGGAAUGGAGAUAGGGGAGAUGAUGGGACGUGGAAUAACACAAGUAGGGGUAAUCAUGUAGGGAAUAAUGGGUUUGGGAGCAAUCAAAAUAAUAGACAUAAUAGAGGUAACAAUGACAGUUAUGGAAAUGCCAAUGGUGGAAGUAGGAACAAUAAUAAUGGCAAUAAUAGUGGUGGUAGAAAUAAUGGGAACAAUAGAAAUUAUGACAACAAUGGUGGAUUUAAUAGAGGAGUUAUGAACAAUCAAAACAACCAUCAUGUUGGCAGACAGCCCUUAAUCAUCGAAAGAUAUAAAUAG